AUGACGCAGUGGCUGGGCAUUGAGCCCAAGCCAAUUACGGUUAGGCGGCAUCGCCCGUCAUUCUCUGCCCACCGGCCUGCCUGCCUUCUCAAAAAUGCCAUUGCUAUCCAACUGAAUGCUGCUGCCUUCUGCGUUAUGCAUGUCCGCACCGGGAUGCGAACGCAACGGCUAGUCGUCCUUCUGGCGAUUGUCUGCCUCGUAGUGCUUUCAUUGACGCUCCUGGGGCAUCCAGCUGCAGCUGUGAAAAGUGGAAACAAGGGGAAGAUCUUAACAAACAACCGUUUCGAACCUGGGCCGCGGCCGCUCCAGCACCAGCAACAGCAGAAUAGCCCUCACGAACGUCCUACUACCGCGGAUGACUUCACAGGGCCAUCCCAUCCAAUCGCCGAGCUGUUCGAUGAUGCGAAUAGAAAAUUCGACGAUGUCCGUGCGCGGCAAUCGAAGACGCUCAAGGAUGCAGUGGAGGAAUACCGCCGUCGCUAUAAGUUGCCUCCCCCACCGAACUUCGACGUGUGGUUCGACUUUGCACAAAAAAGGGACGUGCAGCUGAUUGACGAGUUCGAUACGAUCUAUCAUUCUCUUCUACCGUUUUGGGGACUGCAGCCCAAAUUAAUUCGAGCGAGAGCGAUGGAGGUGAUUGGUUUUGAUAACGGUGUUAUCGCCAUCUUGAUCCGCGACGGCAAGGUUUCAAAAAUAACGGGUGGGGAUGAGGGUGAAACGUGGAAGCGAAAUGCGCUGCAGAAUAUGCUAGAGCCAUUUGUGAAAUACUUGCCUGAUUUGGAUCUGGCCUUUAACGUCCAUGAUGAACCUCGAGUCGUUGUUCCACACGACGACCUUCAGCGUUUGGUGGUUCGUGCCUUGGAUAACGCUCUGCCGAAGGCUCUUAGAAAUGCUUCACCGAAAAAUUCCUGGUCACCACGGCCCAAGGACAUGAACAAGGGCGACAGGGUCGACGAGGUCAGGAUCACGCAAUUUAAUCGAUAUGCGCACCAGCCCACAUGGAUAGUCUCGCGCAUGUCCUGCCCCGUGGAUAGCCCCGCUCGUUACCUCGACGGAACAGCCGCCGACAAUAUCACCUCUUACACCUACUCGAAGCUUGGCUUCCUGUCCAACAGCACUGCCUUCUCAGACAUAUGCUUGUCCCCUUCUCUCCAAUAUACAUUUGGGUUUUUCGACCGCCCCAAUGCAUUUAACGUCGUCCAUGACCUCUUCCCCAUCUUCUCGCAGAGCAAAGUGUCCAGUUUCCAAGAUAUCAUAUACCCAAGCCCGUGGUAUUGGGCUCAAAAGGUUCCAUACGAUGCUGCUAAGGAUAUCGAAUGGGAUAAGAAAAAAGAGCAAAUGUACUGGCGCGGGUCAACAACAGGCGGUUUCUCAAGAGCUGGCAGCUGGCGACGACAGCACCGGCAGUUAUUUGUUAAAAAGAUAAACGGCCAGGAUUCGGCCAAGGUCCUUGAGAGAUCCACCACUCCCAGCGGAAAAAAUGCAUGGGUUCUCAAGGACGUCGCGCGACAAAAAUUCAAAGACAUAUUCAACGUCAAGUUCAGCCAUAUCGGCCAAUGCGACCCGGAGGACUGCAAAGUGCAAGCUGAGUUUUUCGACGUUGUGGAACCUGCUAGUCAGCACGAUGCGUGGAACUACAAGCAUCUUCUCGACAUUGAUGGAAACGCGUUUAGUGGCCGUUACUAUGCGUUCAUGCAAAGUAAUAGCUUGGUAUAUAAGCUUGCACUUUUCCGCGAGUGGCAUGAUGAGCGGCUACGCGCGUGGGUGCAUUAUGUGCCCCUGAGCUUGCGCGGUGAUGAACAUGUAGAAGCUGUACGAUAUCUUGCUAUGGAGAAGGAGGGACAGGCAAUUGCACAAAAAUUGGCGAACCAGGGGAAGGAGUGGGCGAACUCAGUGUUACGAAACGAUGAUCUUGAAGUUUAUUUUUUUAGGUUGUUAUUAGAGUGA